UUUUGGAAGUGCGACUUUAACCACUUGGUGUCACUCUCUCCCAGAUCUCCCCAAGCUCUGGGACGGGGUGGGAGGAUUUUUGGGAUGCUUUUUGGGAGCCUGGGCAAACCCAGCUUUGAGGUGGCCCUUGAAGGAUCCAGGGUGGAGUGAAAAGUGGGAUUUUGUGUAUUUUUUUCCUGAUCAAUGCCUUGUUUGGAAUGGCUGGAUCCCAGCACGGAGGAGAGAGGUGGGAAGAGGAGAAGAAGGAGGAUGGAGUGAAAUGGAUGCAGCUGGAGCACCGAGGGCCCUACUUUGUGCCCCUCUACCAGCCCCUGCCCGAGGAUGUGCAGUUUUAUUACGAUGGAAAACCCUUGAAGCUGAGCCUGGCCACGGAGGAAAUUGCCACGUUUUAUGCCAAAAUGUUGGAUCACGAGUACACCACCAAGGAGAUCUUCCAGAACAACUUCUUCCAUGACUGGAGGAAGGAAAUGACCUCAGAGGAGCAAGAGAUCAUCAAGGACCUGGACAAAUGUGACUUCAGGGAGAUCCACAAAUACUUUGUGGACAAGAAUGAGGCCCGGAAAGCGCUUCCCAAGGAGGAGAAGCAGAAGCUGAAGGAGGAGGCAGAUAAGAUCCAGGAGGAAUAUGGAUACUGCAUCCUGGAUGGGCACAGGGAGAAGAUUGGCAACUUCAAAACUGAGCCUCCAGGGCUCUUCCGUGGCCGUGGGGAGCACCCCAAGAUGGGGAUGCUGAAGAAGAGGAUCAUGCCAGAAGAUGUCACCAUCAACUGCAGCAGGGGUUCCAAGAUUCCCGAGCCCCCAGAGGGUCACAGGUGGAAGGAGGUUCGCUUUGACAACACGGUCACCUGGCUGGCCUCGUGGACAGAGAACAUCCAGAACACCUUCAAGUACAUCAUGCUGAACCCCAGCUCCAAGCUGAAGGGGGAGAAGGACUGGGAGAAAUACGAGGUAGCUCGGCGCCUGAAGGGUGUUGUCCACACAAUCCGGGCUCAGUACAGAAGAGACUGGAAAUCCAAGGAGAUCAAGGAGAGGCAGAGAGCAGUGGCCCUCUACUUCAUUGAUAAGAUGGGUGUUUCGCUCGUUCCCUCCCAGCUGGCCCUGCGAGCUGGGAACGAGAAGGAGGAAGGGGAGACUGCAGACACGGUGGGCUGCUGCUCCCUGAGGGUGGAGCACAUCCAGCUGCACCCCCAGCUGGAUGGGCAGGAGCACGUGGUGGAGUUUGACUUCCUCGGGAAAGACUCCAUCCGCUACUACAACAAAGUGUCCGUGGAGAAGCCGGUGUUCAAGAACCUGCAGCUGUUCAUGAAGAACAAGGAGCCCACUGAUGACCUCUUUGACCAGCUCACUACAAACUUCCUGAACAAACACCUCCAGCACCUCAUGGACGGCUUGACAGCCAAAGUCUUCAGGACCUACAACGCUUCCAUCACCCUGCAGGAGCAGCUCAAGGCUCUCACCAACCCUGAGGACAACGUUGCAGGAAAGCUCCUGUCCUACAACCGAGCCAACCGAGCCGUGGCCGUCCUGUGCAACCAUCAGAGGUCUGUGCCAAAGACCUUUGCCAGGUCCAUGCAAGUCCUGCAGGAAAAGAUCGAUGCCAAGAAGAAACAGGUGGAGGAAGCCCAGGAAGAAGUGAAAAAAGCUGAGGACGAGUGUAAAGACACAGAAGAUGCCAAAGCAGAAGCCAAUGUGGAGAAGAAGAAGAAGCUGUUGAAGAGGCUGGAGGAGCAGUUGGCCAAGUUGAACGUCCAGGCCACGGACAAGGAGGAGAACAAGCAAAUAGCUCUGGGCACAUCCAAGCUGAAUUACCUGGAUCCCAGGAUCAGUGUGGCUUGGUGCAAGAAAUUUGGGAUUCCCAUCGAGAGGAUCUACAACAAGACCCAGAGGGAGAAGUUUGCCUGGGCCAUCGACAUGGCUGGCGAGGACUUUGAAUUCUGAGCUGGUGCCUUCCAUGUUAAAUCCCAAAUCUUGCUCAUUUUCUGCUGUUGGGAAA